AUGACCCCUUGUGCCUGCUUUGAAACGUUUUCAGCUGUAAUGCAGUUUAAUUUUUCCGAAAAGAACAGUGGUACACAACGUCUUGCCAUCCUGCUGUUACUCGAAAUUAAAAUCGACGAAAGUUUUAGCAAUCAUAUCCCGAGUAUUACAGAUGACGUUUCACCGUGGUUUAUGACAAAAAUAAAAGAUGAUGUUCUUAAUCAGCUCAGUGAUCAAAUAAAGGCACUUCAACUGAAGCAAAUUAAUGAAACAGGAGGCAAUGAAGAAUUCCAGAUCAAAUGCAACAACAUUCAUGUCAAAUGUCUGUUUGAUGUUCUUGACCAUAUUCUUCUCUAUGGAUUAAAAAGUCCUGAAAAUGGCUACUGGUCGUUUGUUUGUGAAUUCACUCAUCCUGAAGUGAAGAAAGAUGUCAAUGAAAGCCCAGAUGUCCAUUCUGCAUUUGACAAAGGACGUUUAUGGAUAUACCUUUCACUACUGGAUUGUCUGCUUGGUAGUUACUUUCGGAUGUUUUUCGAGAAUCAGAAGACCCCGGCAAAGUAUUAUCAAAGGAAUUCCUUCAUUCGUGACAGAGAGCGUCUCGGUAUUAUAAUCACUCUAAUUGCUGGACUCGACGUUAUAAGACUGUCUUCGGAGUUGGACUUAUCUUUCCUAGGAUUGCGCGACGUCGGUCUUACUGGGGUCAUUGGAAAUGGUCACGUUGAUCAAAAAACUAAAGAUACUAACAACUCGAUUCCUCUGCACUCGUUUUCACGUCGAGAAGAUGACAAUCGUAACGAAGUUGUUUCCGGCCUUUCAACUCCAGGCAAUGGAAAUGUUGCAAGGUCUCGUGAAGGCACUUCAGUUCAACAUAUAGAGCCCAGUUAUCUCGAAUAUGAUAGUAUACAACCUGACAUUUCGGUCGUUGAAACGGAAAAUGAAAACGAAAACGGUGAAGGAAAAUAUUUUGAAACAUUAGACUGGCUCUCCAUAAAUAAGUCGAUGCUUUUUGAAGAUCGCGCUAGAACGUUUGAGAAUGCAUCAGAUGGUGGAGACUCAUUUGAUGAAUUUUGCCAUCCAACUGGUGACCGUAAAAGCUUCGACUCUAGUGAUCUGGCCGACAUAUCCACAAUUUCAUUGGUUGAGGCAGAGUCAAGUCAUGAAUUGGCGCCAAAAUUUCCUCCAAACAAUUUACAAGCCCAUCGACGUCCAGUGACCGCUGAGUACGAAGGAAUAGUUCUCGCGGGCUUUCCUCGCAGACCUGCAUUGUCGGAAAGUCUCAGUACGCUAUCUGACGUCAUGAUGAAGCACUCCGUAAUGAAAAAACUUUCAUUCAACAUACUAACAAGUAAAGAUGAAAAAUGUCGGCGCAUUACGAAGGGGUUUACGGGUUUUCAUUAUGGUCGUUUGCAUGAGGUACAUUUGUUGCUAACAGAUGAAUCUCUCUACUUUUUACGAAAGCAAACAAACGAAAGCUUUGCCUUGGAGCAGUCGAUUAAAUUUUCCGAGUUGAAACACGUUGAAAUCGGAGUGAAUUGUCAGCAUUUAGUAUUCUUGGCAAAUAAGAUCGAAAAAUAUCCAUUCUCAACUGCAAACGAAGCUGUAACGAGAAGUUUGGUGUCAGAUAUUUCAUCUUUAGUCAUGAAAAGCCUUUCCUCACCAUCCAAGUUAACUUUGCUAGUAAGUAGCACCGCUGUACAAGGACAGCAGGCGAUUACGAGGUGGUUACACGAUGCUCUCUGUGAUCAGAUGUUAAAUUUGGAAAUUAUUUGUUUCUCGCUCGUACACUGGAUGUGUUUUUCGGGGCCUGGUAGCGACGUAGAUACUGGAUGGCAUCAAGUGAUAAAGGAGGGAUUUCUUGAUUGUAAAACCAGAUAUCUUGGCAUGGUUUCGCUUUGGGAAAAGAACUAUUUUGUACUUACUGGCAGAGGUCUGCUUCAGUUCGCAAAACACGGGGUUAAACCCAAAAUGGUUUAUAAACUGAAUGGUUCUAGUUGUGGAGGCUGUAGACGAGUCUCCGACGAAGAGAAAGAUUUUACCUUCGAAAUCGUUUCUAGUGAAGGUGAAUCCAUGAUAAUGUUAUCCUCAUCCACGGAGGAUCAAGCAUCUGAUUGGAUCAUCAAGCUUUGUCAGACUGUUGCGGGAUCUUCAGAGUUCCUUUCUCACGCUAUGCCACCCUCAUCCCGUGCAAUCCCUUGCUGUUCCGUCAUCACUAAGCAAAGUGUAGUGACUUUUCACGCGUUCAUCCAGGGACAAUUUCGGUUUUUGAGUAGCUUUUACAUUGAAAACAUCACCCAGAUUCUUGUUGACAAUGAAGUGAGAAAUUAUUGUAUUUUGAAAUUUGAAUCCGAACAUGAAGGAAUGUGGUAUUUUGCGUUCGCCACUGAGUAUGAGCUGAGUAAAUUCGAGCAUGCAAUUGUGGAGGCCUGGAAAGAACGUUUUCAGGCUGAUCUGCAGUUUUACAUUAUUGGCGAAGGUCCCACUCGUCAUCGUGCUCGUAACAUGAGUAAUUAUAUACAGAAUGUCUUGUAUGGAUGAUAGAAAUAGUGUGAGAUGUAUCAAUGACCAUCGUAUGUUUACUAUAGUAAACUUCACUCCUUUCGCUUGUGUCUAUGCAAGUGGUAUAUAUUUUACUAUUUCAUAUCAUUCGUGCAUAUUGGCAACAUUUUCAGUACGUGUAUAUUUUUCUAAGCUUUUGUGUGUAGCUGCUGCGCACGCGCAUCGUGUAUGUCACAGUGGGGUGUCUCGGUGCUCUCCAGCGAUGAAAAUAUAUAGGAUGUAUACUGUCUGUA